UUAUGCUGUUGUCAUAGACGGGUAUUGCAUUAAUGAAGCAACUUUUAGAUUUCUAAAAAAAUGUUGAUCAUCUUUUUAGUGUUGGGGUUCAGGAUGGGAGGUUGCACAGAUAAUCUGAUGUUUGAAACUAAAACUGUUGCCAUUGGAGAUGAUGUGACUCUUAAAUGUCCCCGCCUGGCAUUUGAGUAUGGAGCAACGUUUUAUUGGAUCAGACUUCUUCCUGGAAAUAGGCCUGAAUUCUUGGGAGGAACAUAUUCCUUUGAUUAUAAUAGCAGUCGUGGAACUUCUCGCAUUACAGUAAAACAAGCGCCUCAAACCUUUAUUCUACAUAUUAAUGGAGCUAAGAUGAGUGAUACUGGUCUUUACUACUGUAUGAAAGUACAAAUACUUGACAUGACAUUUCUGAAGGGAGAAUUUCUGAGCGUUAAAGGAGCAGAACCAAAGAUCAUAGCUAAGAUUCAAUCGAAGCUAGUCCAUCCAGGAGAACAAAUAACUCUGAAUUGUUCAGUCUUUUCUGACUCUCAGAAGAAAACAUGUCCAUCAAAUGUGUACUGGUUCAGAGCUGGAUCAGAUGAGUCUCAUCCUAGUUUGAUUUAUGCUCAUAAAAACAGUUCUGGUGACUGUAACAGUAGUCCUGAGACUCACUCUGCUCAGAAAUGUGACUACAGCUUCUCCAAGACCGUCAGCUCCACUGAUGCUGGGACUUACUACUGUGCUGUGGCCUCAUGUGGACAGAUAUUAUUUGGAAACGGAGCUAAACUGGAAAUCAAUGCAUCAAAACUGUGGGAUUUGCAGACAGCCAAUACAGUUCUCUGUCUGCUAUGCGCUGCUUUGACUACAAGUCUUGUUGUUAUUGCUUUCCUCAUUUAUGCGAUCAGGAAGAAACCUUCUGAUGCUUUUCGUGAUGCUGUCAGAACUGGUGUUGAAAUGAAAAGUCAACAGAAAGAUGAAGUGACCUUGAUUUAUUCUGCACCAACGUUCACCAGGAGGAACGCAGGCAAAGAGGAUAACAUGAAUGCACCAACAUCAGAAGUAGUCUACGCUAGUGUUGAUACUCUGGAAACAGAUUAACUAGACAAUAAAUGUGAUCAUUUAUGGUAAUGUAGUUUUUUUCUAAAGCAUUGAAAAUAAAAUUUAUA